GUUCAACAUGAGCCGACUUCUUCUCUUCGUGUUGUUGCUAUACGUCGUAUCGAGUUGUGUGUCUACCAAGUCAUGUAUCAUUCAGGACAAGAAGGAUGAUCUAGACAUUCGAGUGAUCGAACUGGACGAUUCUCUCGGCAGCAGCAUAGAUUCCAGCGAAACGGAGAUUGUGGAACUGCAUCUCCCGGACAGGAAGAAAAGAGAAAUCGACAAUCAAGCGAUAAAACGAAGCAAGGAUUCUUGUCGCGAUGAUGACGAUUGCGGUCCAGGUAGAAUUUGUUUCGCGCAUCUGGCUUGCCUGAAAGGAAGAUUGCGGACUGUGAAAUCACAGGAAUCAACGCCAAUUGAAACACGGACGUAAUAAGAGAGAUUAUCGACUGUAUAACCACGUCGCAGCAUUUCCCCCCUCCCUUCUGUGACAACAGUGUGCCGAUAAAAUUUUUGUGUAGAAUAACCUCCGCCACCGAAACCCCUUUCGUCGAACAAUAAAACGCGUUCGCAUCAAAUCGAAUGAUUGAUUUCCCAUCAUCGCCCAUAUCCAUCGCGAAUAUCUGUUUGCUUAUCUGUAUUUCGUGCACUCCCCCCCGAUGAAAUUUUCUCGCCGCACGUCCGCACCAUUGUCGGCACGAUGAAUAUAACAUAAAUCCCGAAAAUAUCGAGCAUUUAGCGAGCGACUCGACGCGGGUCGCGCGGCCACGGGGG